GGCUCGGUGCACGCGCCUUCAGUCCGUCGAGGGUCUUCGUCAAAAUUGCAUCCCUUUACCAGCGACGCGUCCUCCGGUUCGAAAGAGUGUCUCGAGUGACUGGUAAACAUUUCUCGAGUUAACGAGGGGAAGUGAACGACCACGUGAGAAAAGAACAAAUAGCUCGGCAACAUCAUGUGGAGAGUUCUCAUCGCCGGAUUUUGCACGGUCGCCGCCGCCGUUGCCCAGGAUUACGAGGUCUCGGACAUUCAGUGCAGCGGCGCUGGAUCGGCGGCCGAUCUCCUGACAGCCAAGAUCAAAAGGCCAGUCGGCUUCAGAGGCGCGCCGCUCUUCGCGGACGACAGAUCGGCGAACCCGCUCGCCGACAUUCACUGUCAGAUCAGGCCGGACCCGAACGAUCCGCAGGAGGAUAACUACUUCCUGAAGGUGACUGACUUCUCCCGAUGCGGCAUCCUCAAGAGAAACGGAUUCAUCCAUCUGCGAGUGUGGUUUCCGGCCUUUCCCGGAGUGGUGAUGCUGGCCGACCAGGAGCUGAUCCUGAUGUGUCGACCGCCCGAGCCGACGCUGCUGAGGCACAAGGCUGCCGGUUUCGCUGGCACUUUGGUUAAUCGUUUCAGUCCGCACGGCGCCAGAGUGUCCGGGGUGGUAGAGGAGACGCCUGGCCGGCUCGAGUACGAAGUGGCUCUUUACCGCGAGGCGACCGGCAACGUGUCCGAUAAUUCGCAGACGGUCGAUCAAGCGGUGCCGAUCGGCACGAAGCUGCAGCUGCGCGCCCGCAUCAGCCCGGACAGCGCCUGGGGCUACAUCAAGCUGUUGGAGGUUACGGUCAGCCCUGACCCGGAUCAGCCCCAUGCCCCCGGUAGCGUGGUACUCGUGAAGGACGGCUGCAGAAAUCGCGAUUUCGCGUCCAUCAUUCCGCACCAGCCGGCGAGGUAUCGCGAGCGCAAGAAUGAAGUCUUUCUCGACUUCGAGGCCUUCCUGCUGAGCUCGAUGAGGGAGCGCUCCACCCUCUGGAUUCAUUCGCAGAUAAAAGCGUGCAUGGAGCCGCAGGACUGUCAACCGGACUUCUGUCUCGAUCUUUUCGAACCUUCGGGACAUGGGAAGAAGAGAAAGAGAGCCGUCGAGGCGAACGUGGAAGUACUAGGCGAAUUUCUGCCGAAGGUCGAGCGUUUGAUCAAAAGGUACAACGACUCCACGCCGUACACGAAGUUCAAAGAGAACAUUGAAUAUACGGUGAUGAUGCCAGAUGACCUGUACGACAAAGUGGCGGCCGGCCUCGAAGGUAGCUGCGGAAAUUUUCUUUACGUGGCAACGGGAUUGGGUGCUCUACUAGUGUUAUCGGCCUUUAUCAUGUGCUACCUGGCAUCGCGUCUUCACAACCUGUCCUCGACGGUGCAGCAGAACAAGUCUAUCGACGAGUUGGUCCGAGACCGCACUAGGAAAUAUUGCGACACUACGCCAGGCUACACCGGUCGCUCGACGAUGCAAUAGAGCGACGCGUGAUUGAGAGGAGAGAGAGAAAGAGGUGCAUAAAUCACUCGCGUCAAAUACCUCCUCACAAAGUGUACAGUCGCGUCGUACGAUGUAACGUGUGCGCGAUAUCGUAUCGUAUAAUUAAUGUAACGUUACUUCGAGACUAGGAUGUUUAUUUGCGAGCAGGAGGGCAAUGUCACGUUUACGAGCUACUUGACUCUCCGCUUCGAAAACGGCAAGGCACUCGUCCCACUUCGUUGACGGCGAGAUGUAUCUUAACCGUUUCAUUACCGCCGAUAUAGUACGAUGGUAUCACGCUGCAACUUUGUCGAGGAAUGAUUUUCCGGCUGCGAGCUCUGAAUUAACGUUCGAAUGCGAGCGAACGACGCCGCCCACUGUGGAAACAAAAAUAGUUCUCGCGACGAGGAACGGCUGGAGGCAAAUGGACCGUGCUUUCCAUGUAAAACAAAAUCAAUUUUACGACGAACGUCCAAGAGAAAAUAAUUGGAAAUUCGUGAAAAGAAUCUGUCGCUAAAGUUAGAAGAUAAAAACAUUGUCUGCUUAGUCUUGCAAUGUAAAUACGGUAGAUUAUAUAUGAUGCGACUUCGUAAGAAAUCAUUUUUCAACUCUUCUUCUACAUAAACAUAAGCGUAUGAAAAGCUCUCCAUUUCUUGUCCAAUCAUUUUUUGUAUUCAUUACGAUUAGUUAAUAAUCUAUUAUUUGGCUGCUUUAGUCAAGUUUUGCUACCGAGUAGUCAAACAAAUGAGGAAAAUCGCUAAAAAAUUGAAUUAUUUAACUUGAUCGCGUCUUUUCUGCGCCUCAUAGAACUUCAUUCAUUCAUUAAGUUAACUUAUAAUGCAUUAUUCUCUGCGCACAUUAUGCAAUUUCUGUUGGAAGUUUCACGACUUGUCAAUAUUGCUCAAAUACAAAAAGGAAAAGAAACAGUCUCACUACGAUAAGUCUCUCAAACGUGCAAUGCUAUCACGUGACCUGAUCAAGCGGGCGAAUCGCUCGAGUAAUAGGAUAAUAAGAGCCUCGCGCCAAAUGCGAAGGAACUUGAACGGGACGUUUAGGUUGGUUGCACGAAUUUAUCUCACCUUGUAAAUAAACACGAAUACAACUUACAUUUUACAGCAUACGCCUCUUAACAGCGCAGAUGUUUUAUACGUACAUUACUAUGAGAAUCUAUAAUAUAUAUAAUAUAUCGCACAACUAUCUAAAUAAAUAUCUAUUUAAGAGAAAAUAUGACGAAAAUUUUAUAUUAAAAAAAAAAGAAUUACUUAAUAAAAAAAAGGAACAUAAAGUUUUAGCGAGAAAAAAUUAAUUCGUCGAAUUAAUACGCAUUCAGCCAAGUAUGUUUGAGUAAUAAACAUGCGCUCGUGUUGCGUGUUUUAAACAUCUCUCUCGAAGUUAUUAGCCUAAAAUGUCCUAGAAAAAAAAUUAGAGCUCUGUACAUUUAAUAAUAAAAUAACGCGCGCGUGAGAGAGAAAAAGCAAAACUAAUCGAGUAAUGGCGCGAUUCGGAAAACACGGUGAUCGAUCCGUGGAGGUAAUUAUAAGAAGCGAAAUACAUAUUAUUUGCGACUAUUGUAGAUGUGACCGUGUACAAUGAUUAUUUAUUAUAAAAUAAAAGGUUGAACAAUCUUCUGCGUGUUUACAAUUUUGGGUAAUUAUUUAGAAUCUUAAAAAAAAUGUGUGUAGAAUAAAGCCAAUAGCGGUUUGAGCGCAAAUCGGACGGCGGCCUAAAUGCUUAAACUGAAGUUCAAGUAUUUAACAUAUUUUAAUUAAAUACAUAAAUGCUUGAACUAUAAAAAGAAAUUGAGUUGAAAAAUUUAUUCGAAUUAAUAACUUCUUUUUAGUAUAUGUUAUUCUAACCCAUUUAUCUUGAUUCCAUAAAAUUUUAUAUCUGUAACGUUUUUAAAUUAAUACGCAAAAUAUACAUUUGCAUAAAUAUCUUACUCGGAUCCAGUAUUCCGAUUUAAUUGUAAGAUAAGCGUUGAUUUCUCACUUACCGACAUCAUGACGCGCAGCAGCGGAGUUGCUACGUUGACCUGCAACACACAAAUACGAAAUCUAGAUUAGCGCUCAAACAACACAAUUAACAUUAAAAAACUAAAAUAAUGUUACUCACCACAGGGUUGUUCCGCCGUUGCCCGAUGCCCGGACCUCCGCUUCCUCUCAUAUUCCGUCAAUGCAACACAACACUCGCGGACGACGCAAACAAGAGAUCAAUUACGAUCGCGUGACAUUUGACAAACUCCCGGCGAAGCGACAUCAUCACGUAGCGAAAGGGACACACGACCGCGCGAGGAUAUGAUCUAGAUACGAAUGCGUACAUCGAUAUUCCGUCGAAAUUAACAUUUAUUUCACAUCGUACGGGGUAAAUUAAUCUCGUGCAAGAACAAGAAAUAGACGCGUGCGUCUCAGAGCGAUUUCGCUGUCUCUUCCGAACAUUUAUCUCGCUACAGGUUAAGGCCGCAGCACAAACUCGAAUCUUGCAUAGCUGUAUAACAAUGUGCAUAAGGACACUGAUUGGUCCAUUAGCACAUGCAUAAGGAAAUGAAUCAAUCAAUUUCUUUAUGCAUACAGUUAUGCGGCUAUGCAAAAGUCUCUGCUUGGGUUUUUACUCACGAAAAUUCGGACGUACGUGUGAAAAAAAUUCCGCGCGCGACAUUGAUGACGUCAUACGAAGGAGUACGCGUACGAAUGGUACGAACGUUGUCGCGGACGAACCUCGCAGCGAGAGAGACUCAUCGUCGCUAACUUCACGCCAUGCGCUACUCCGCAAGAGAAAGAGAGAAAGACCUAACGCGCGCGUUUUACGACGAUGGCUAUUUCGAAUAUUUACGGCACACAAAAACGCAAAUAUCCAUUAUAUGUACGUGCACGGAGAAUCAGGAACAAAACAAUCCUAUGGUGAGUAACAUUAUAUUAGUUUUUUAAUGUUAAUUGUGUCGUUUGAGCGCUAAUCUAGAUUUCGUAUUUGUGUAUUGCAGAUCAAUGUAGCGUUACAACUCCGCUGCUGCGCGUCGCGAUGUCGGUGAGUGAGAAAUCAACGCUUAUCUUAUAAUUAAAUCGGAAUAAUGGAUCCGAGUAAAAUAUUUGUGCAAAUAUAUAUUUUACGUAUUAAUUUCCAAACGUUACAGAUAUAAAAUUGUAUGAAUUCAAGAUGAAUGGGUUUUAAUUAGAAUGGCAUAUACUAAAAAGAAAUUAUUAAUUCGAUUAAUUUUUCAACUCGAUUUUUUUACAGUUCAAUUAUUUAUAUAUUUAAUUUAAAUAUAUUAAAUACUUAAACUUCAGUUUAAGCAUUUAGGCCGUGGUCCGAUUCGCGCUCAAAGCAAAACUAAUUGGGUAAUAACGCGAUUCGGGGGACACGGCGAUCGGUCCGUGGGGGUAACUAGGAAGUGUAAUACAUAUAUUACUUUAAACUAUUGUAAAUGUGACCGUAUAAUGACUAUUUAUUAUAAAAUAAAAGGUUGAACAAUCUUCUGCGUGUUUACAAUCUUUGUUCGGUGCCUUGAUUCUUCCAUAGAAAAUCGCAAGCUAUACAAUUUGUUUCUUUCGGCAUAGUCUAGUUCAAUUGUCGCUAUCAGAUUACCGACGCCAAUGCCAUUAUGUUAUCAGGUCGACAGA